AUGCUCCCACAACUCCAAUCUCCGACUGCUGCCCGAUCUAUCUAUGGCAGCUUUCAAUACGUGUCAUCAAUGACCUCCGGCGUGGCUUCAAUCCAUGGUCGCCGCCUUUUCGGUGCGGCCCUCUAUCGUCGGUUCUCCUUCGGUCGUCGUUGCGUUUCCAGCGUGGCCCUCGACUGUGACUCCUCUACAUGGAUCCCCUUUGUUCGCUGCCAUCCGACGGCCAAAUGCAAAGGGAAGGCCCGUCGUCGCUCUGUGACUCCGAACCUUGCCCACUUUACAUUACCUAUGAGCCAAACUCAACAGCAACAUUUAUGUCUCUUUGGCGACUUGGGUCCAGGAUCGCCGAUGAUAAAGCAAAACGAUGACAUGAUCUAUAUUGGUGGACAUGAUGGUGAUGAGAAGUUUGGGACUUUUCAAGAAUUGAAUGUUUGUAUAAUGCUUGAUGAAGCUGUUGCAAAACAAUCCAUUGUAUAUACAGAGCUUCACAGAGGCCGAUGA